CAAGACGCAAACAAAACGCCAAGAGAAUCAAUUACUUGGACUGGGCGUGUUUACAUUCCGCUAGAUUUCAAUAAUACCAUUUUCAGUUGUUCAUCAUAAACUCGCGUGUUUUAUUAUUCCUGAUCAGUACUUCAAAAAUGCGUGCUAAGGAUCUGAUUAUUCCAUUGCUAGUAUUUCUGGGAACAUUUGAAAAAGGUACAGCAAUUUGGUGCUACCGAUGCACGUCAGCUACACCAGGCUGUGGCGACAAAUUUAAUUGGCGUGGUAUAGGCUACCUGGGCGAUCCUUGCCCAGAAGACGAUGAUAUAUGCGUGAAAGUGAUCGAACGAAAAGGAACUACGGAAACUAUUACCCGGGACUGUUUGAGCGCAUUGCAAGGCUUUCGAACCGAUAUUCCAGCAGAUAAGUACGAAGGAUGCUAUAAAUCGGCCAAAGAUGAACAGUUGGCUCACUAUGUAAAUAAUUCAAUCAAACAGUUGGACGUACGACGUGAUUACUAUACUAGCACAACUUUUUGUUUCUGCUUUCUGGACCACCGGUGCAACAAAGCUCCUGGUAGACAAUCGCUCGUUUGGAUGAUGGGCGCAUCUGUGUUGGCAGGCCUCUUUUUUGCGCUUAGAUGGAAAAUGUUAUGAGCCGCUUCGGUUUUUAAAUUCAACUAACCAAGAAAUUAUAUUCUGGAACUUCUUGUCAAAGUAUGUUGAUCUAGUAGAUAACACAUCCGUCCAUUUUUUAUGUAUAGAAGUAUAAACCAACCCGUGCCUUAGAUACAUCAUUAGUCAUGUAAUUUUCUCGACCACGUCAAACUGUUUGCUAGUAAUAAAAUCAGACUAAAGAAGGAGUUAUUGCAACUUCCGGAGAAACAUUCCAAUAUAGAACAAGAAAAUCAAAAAUAUAACGAAACUAUUUUUAAGUAUGACAAAAAUAAAUUACUGAACUCAUUUUGAA